AUGGAGAACGUCGUUUCAAAGGAAUUAGAUUACACGCCCCUGCUCGUUGCCGAACCUGAGUAUGAAUAUACGAGGCUGUUCCCACAGUCAGGCACAACAUCAACAACUGUUUACUCUGGUGGCAAUGACACAAUCUUUGAGAUCCCACCGUCCAAGGCAUACAACUUGUCAAGAUCAUACUUUAGGUUCAUAUUCAAUCUGCCUGGCGUGGCAAACAAACAGACAAUGAUGUUUGCUGACUUUUGUCCAUUCUUCAGACAGAUCCAGGUGUAUAUAGGAGGUGGUUUGGAUUUGAUGAAUCAUACCGCAGCAUUUAAUGUCACAAACAUGGCGAUUUAUCUGGCAGUGGAAAAGAACCUCGCGAUUGUCAAUGAGCUCCAGACCAAGAUUUUCAGUCCAGAUGGAUUCUCUUUGAUGAUACCUUACUCGUACUCUUACCAAGCAGCGCUCACUGGACAGAACCAAUCGGUGACUCUCAGAGUCAAUCGACAAAAUGGUAUGACGUUGGAGAGGAUCUAUCACAGUCUUUUCCUAACACAAACUGCAGCUAAUACAGCCAUUUACAACAAUAACUGGAGAAACACCAAGUUGGAUCACUUUUACACAAAUAUCAACAAUAACAGGUUAAUGCAAUAUGAUUAUUAUUUGAACCUUAACGACGAUUACAUGGCACUGCGAUGGAUCCUCAAAGACUCGUCACUAUUGACACCAAGAAUCCACAACAGGAACUGGUGCUGGAUUGAGGAGUUUGGCGACGGCACCUCCAACUUCAACAAGGACAACGCUAUCACUGGUAUUGAUCUCAACCUUGGUGAGCAGAAAUGGGAUUUCAUUGGUUUCCUCAGCGAAAAUACCAACUUGACACAUCAAUCAACUGUGGUGUGCAAACGUAAGCUGGUCAUCACACCUAAUGGCCUUGUUUUGGUG